UAUUAUUUGGCUUAGAUUAUGUGCAGUGUCCAACAUACAAAUCCUUGUGUAUGAGCUGUUAUAAGAAUGAUAACUAAUUAGAAUGAGCAUAUCAAUAUAUCACUCAGAUCUGUGUUAUUACAGAAAUUUAAUCAGCACCUGAUUAGAGAACCACUGCGAGUGCCUGCCAAAUGACUAAAUGUAAAUGUAGACUAAAAAGCACACUGUCUACUGAGAGGGUAAUGUUUUUGUUUUUUUAAAGGGGGGGGGGAUAAAGCUUGUUUGCUGCAACAACAAAAAAGGCUGCAAAACGUUUGCAAAUGGAGACGGAGUAUUUGAGCCUUGGGUCACUGAAAGAGGGCAUCCCGGAAGACUCGGACUCACUGGCAUCAAUGGGCUCUUGCCAGCUCCUCGCAUCUUUGGUCCUGUCUGUAUGCUGUCAUGUAUUGUCCACUACAGCAUGGUCAGUGAAUAACUUCCUGAUGACAGGACCCAAGGCAUAUCUUAUGUAUGCAAGUAGCGUGCAAGCAGGAGCACAGCGCGGCAUUGAGGAGUGUAAAUACCAGUUUGCAUGGGACAGGUGGAACUGUCCGGAGAGCGAAUUACAACUGUCAACGCAUAAGCGAAGCGCAACCAAAGAAACGGCUUUUGUACAUGCCAUAAGUGCGGCUGGAGUUAUGUAUGCAUUGACCAAGAACUGCAGCAUGGGAGACUUCGAUAACUGUGGCUGUGAUGAGUCAAAAACUGGGGAAAAUGGAGGUCGAGGUUGGAUUUGGGGUGGAUGCAGUGAUAAUGCUGACUUCGGGGAGAGCAUUUCUAAGCAGUUUGUAGAUGCGCUGGAAAAUGGGCACGAUUCACGCGCUGCCGUAAACCGUCAUAACACCGAGGCUGGCAGACUUGCUAUUAAAGCGACGAUGACUAGAUCAUGCAAGUGUCACGGCGUGUCAGGAAGCUGCAGCGUUCAAACGUGUUGGAUGCAACUGUCUGACUUCAGGGACGUUGGUAACUACCUGAAAAUCAAAUAUGACCAGGCACAGAAGCUUGAGUUGGACCAGCGACGCAUGCGCGCUGGGAACAGUGCUGAGAACUGCGGCUCAAUCGCAGACACUUACAGCAGCAUCGCGCGCACCGAGCUCAUUCACCUAGAGGACUCCCCAGAUUACUGCGUGAAAAAUCUAAGCCUCGGACUGCACGGGACUGAAGGCAGGGAGUGUGUGCAGAGUGGCAAUAAAUUGUCGCAGUUUGAAAAGCGAAGCUGCAGAAGGCUGUGCCACGAAUGUGGCUUAAAAGUAGAGGAAAGGAGGAUAGAGAUCGUGAGUAGCUGUAAUUGCAAAUUCCACUGGUGCUGUACGGUGAAGUGUGAGAAGUGCACACAAUUCGUAACAAAACACAUCUGUGCUAAAAGGAACAGUCGGUCACAUAAUGGUUCACGAAGGAGGCAGCGUGUACGUAGUUAAUCCCCCUUACCAUCUAUAAAAUCCAAAGUGUAAAUUUGUCAUAUUGACGAUUAUUUUAAAGCUGACAUCAAGAAAAUGAAAUUACUAACUCUGAAUAAUUACAAGUACUUAUGUUCUAUAUGUGCACUUUUUGUUCUUACCGAUUUGGUUGCUAUACCUUCAAUAAUUGUUCCUUAUUUUGAACACAAACGUCUUAAUUUCCUGACACAUAUUGCUUGUCAAUGUUUACUGCACAAAGGGUUAAAUGUUUUCGUCUCUUUUUGUCUUUAAGUGUAAAUGAUAUUUUAAAUUCAGAAAGCAUUAAAUAUUUCGGACAUAAUAUUAUUUUGUGUGGAGUUUUUUUAUUAUUAUUAUUUGAUUUUAUUCUGAACUACAAAAAAAAAGUUUAUUGGAUGUAAAGUGUAUUGGAGCACGGUUUAAACCUUCAUCAGAGUCCCUGGAUCAAUGCAUUA